AUGGCCUACCGCGCUGACGGCGCGGUCAACUUACACUAUGAAUUCGCGAAUACAGGAGUGCGAAUUCUGGGCGGAAGGUUUGAGAUACGAAAACUGAAAAGAGAAAUUCGACUUUUUGGAGAGAAUGCACACACUUUUUUGGACAUCAUAUUCGAAAAGGUUCCGGAUAAUGUGUUCGGGCCAGAUCCGAAUGGGGAAGAUCAGCAACAGAAAUUUGUCUUUCCGUUUUCUGAUGAAAAAAGCUUGACUUUUUUCCGUGCUCAAUAUUUCGCAAGUAAUGGCGCUGAGCUUGCAAACAUUGACACACAGCUAAAGAAAAAAUCAGAAGCUAGAGAUGAGUAUAAGAAAGCAUUUGCUCAAGAAAACUAUGGUGUUAUUGCAACCAGGGAUGAGCUUUGUCGUGGUGAUGAAUACACUAUCGAGAUGGGACACAAACCCAAUGAUACAAUGUACAUUAAUGUGCAUUUGAAAUAUUCUGAGCCAAUGAAGUCGAAGUGGAUUUACGGAAAAGAACACUCAUUUACUCUUCAUGUUCCAAGGCACAGGAAAAGCCGUUUUCUGCCAACAGAAAAAGACGAUCCAUUGAUAAAUAUCUCACUGGACGGCCCAAAUCAGAGAAGUAAUUGGCAUGAUGAAAUCGAGAUUAUAGAGUGCCGUGGAGAUUUUUCCAAUUCUGGGGGACCCGAAUCAGCUAUUGUGAAAAUUGAGGUUGACAAUCGGCAUUGGGAAGUUGACAGAUUAAAUGGCCCGGCAUAUCAUGUUGACGGAAGAAAAUGGCUCGUUUACGAAAUCGAUCCAGGAAAUCAUCUUGUAACGCGUAUUAUUAAUGGGGUUGAGCAUCAUGAUAUGCCCCGAUUAUUGACGCUUGAUGAACGAAUCAAUGACGAAAAGAACGACCUCGAAAUCAGUUUCUUCGUUAAUCCUUAUUCUGAUCCAGUGAUGACAAUCGAGUCAACGGGGAGUAGACCAGAAGCAUUUAACGAAGAUGAAGCUAUUUUGAGCAUUGAUCUUUCAGAAGAAAAUAUUCGAAAGCAACUUAGCCAGCUUGCGGAGCCAAUGGAAAUCCAUGGCAAUUGCGACAUCGAAUAUGAUAGCAAUAAUGGAUUCGAGUCAAACCCAGAAAAACCUGCUAUGGAGUACAUUUUCCUCGUUGAUUGCAGCGGAUCAAUGAGUGGUAGUUACAUGGAUGCUACGAAAAAGACAUUGGGAUUGAUGUUCAAAUCAAUGGAUAAUAAAUCAAAGAUCAUUAUUUGUCGGUUCGGGACAAGAUAUGAAUUUCAGCCUCGACAAAGAGGCGGAACAAAUGAACCGCUAGACCCUCGUUAUCAUUAUAAUUACGAUAGAAAUGAUCGUCAGCGACGACCUGUGCCUGAGAUGCGGAGACCUGAGUGGAUAACAAUCGACGAGGAUAACGAUGACCAAGAAGAACUUCUUCAAAAUUAUCUUGAGAGAGAUAUGAGAGCGAAUAUGGGUGGAACAAAUAUUCGAGAGCCGCUUCAAGAUAUUUUCAAGCUCGAAAUGUCUCCCGACACCUACAGAAAUAUUUUUGUCAUGACAGAUGGAGCCAUCACCAAUACUCGCGAAGUCAUUCAAAUGGUGAAUGAGACAACUAUUCAGCAUGAAGGUCGACUUCGAUUUUUCUCACUUGGAAUUGGAUCCGGUGCUUCGAAGAGUUUAUGUGAGGGUAUCGCAAAGAAUGGCAGGGGAUCGGCGACUUAUGUUCUCGGAGAUGAGCGAAUUCAGACGAGAACGAUGGAGAUUUUGAACAAUGCUUCGAGACCUUCUGUCUUCCUUAAUAACAUCAUCCUUCCAGAUGGACUUCAACGAGUCGGAUUCUCCCCUGCUGAAAAUAAUCUGAACAUGCCAAUAUUCGGCUCCAAGAGAAUUUUUCUGAAGCUUAAAUCAACUCAUCAUCAAAUCCUUUCUGUUUCGGCUCUUUUGCUUGAUCCAAGAAACCAGCUUCGAUUCAUGAUAAAUGGACAAACAAUUAGGCUCAAUUACAAUAUUGCUCCGUUUAGGAAUCAAAAUAUUUCUCUCAAGUCAUUUUGGGCAAAACAAGAAAUUGAUUUUCUCGAAGACGAGCGUCCUCGUAACAUUGAUGUUCAAGAAGCGCAAAUUGAUGCAUCUAUCUUUGGCGGAGUAUUAUGUGAUUACACCGCAUUUGUGGGCGUCAGAGAUGGCGUCUCGAUGGGUCCAGUGACGCAGGUUCAAGGACUUCAAGGACUUCACAGUGGACGAAAUACAAUUUCUAACACACCGACGUACAUGGCAGCCGGUGGAAGGCGGCCCACCGGUGGAUCAGCUUUCGCAGGAGCUGGAGGACUCGCCUUCCCUCCUCCACCAGCUGCUGGAGGAAUGAUGCCAGCAGGAAUAAGAAAUGGCAGAUCUCCAAUGUCAAUGGGUGGUCCUCCAGCCGCGGGUGGAAUCGGCGGUGCCAGGAGAAAAAGUUCAAGGACGAUGAAAUCUGCGACAAUCAGUAGUACUGAUGCUGAAAAGAAAAAGAACGACUCCGCGCGUCUUGAUCAGCUGAUGAGUUACACUCGCACUAGUGGACUUUGGAAUGCAAAGAAGGGCGUUGAAAUCAUCAGAUGCUUGGAGUUAUUCAAUAAAAACUUCGGAAAGAUCUUUGAGCAUCUUCGAUUCAAGAUUCAGAAUGAUCAGCUCGUCCUAACAAUUCUAGCGCUAGCCGCUCUUGAAAAAUACGAAGCGGACAAGCAGGUGGAAUGGUAUCAUAUCUCAAAGAAGGCAAAAACGAAGCUCUCUUCUCAUGGAAUCAACGCCGAUGAAGAAAUCAAGUCGAUAAUUGGCGAUCUUUCUUGA